GUCAGCAAGUUUCUUAUGAGAAACUUGUGCUGUACAGUCUGUGCUCUUUUUCACAAGGUUUCCAGUAGAGUUCGGAAUACUUUGAGUAAAGGGGGCCACGCCAUGGAUCGCAGGUUCCCUAGACCACCAUUUCCUAACAAUCCAGCCAUUCCUUUUGUUGUCCCUUCUCCUUCUUUCCCCGCACAGAUUGGCGGAAGGUUUCCUCCAGUAUUUGGCAUGCAGCCCCCUCGUUGUGCUGUUCCUAUACCAAUGAUAUUAACUCCUCAUAGUACAUUUACUAAUCACAGGUUGACACCACAUCAACACAGCGUAACACCAUCUGAUCACAGACUGAUACCGUAUCAGCAGAGUGUUGCAUCAAAUGAUCCCAGGUUUUAUCAAAGCUUAACUAAAUGCGAGUUACCUAAACAUACUUCAUUCACUCAAGCUGUCCCUGUACCAAUCCCUACUCAAUUAGCUCCUAAUACUGGAGCCCAAUUCAAAGAGGUUGUUGAUGUCAAUUCUAGACACCAUCGCCCUCCAUCACGACCUGAAGUAACUGUGAACAGAUCAAAGAGAGAUCCCAAUGGUCUUCGCUAUCCCUCCUUGUCUCUUUUGUCGUACAAUCUUCUCUCGCAGGAUCUCAUAUCUCAAAACAUGUACCUCUAUGAUAAAACACCUCCAGAUUGGCUCAGUUGGGAUUACAGGAAGAUGAAUCUUGUGAAGGAACUGAUCAGCAGCGAAUGUGAUGUGCUGUGUCUUCAAGAAGUUUACGAGGAUCAUUACUAUGACUGGUACAAGAGAAAACUAGAACUGCAUGGAUAUCGUGGAUUAUUUUUAAAGCGAACUGGCGACCACAAGGAUGGGUGUGCCUUAUUCUACAACCAGCACCGUCUUGAAUUGAUUGACAAGAAUUAUGUCGAAUAUCAAAAGCACAAAGGUUGCCUAAGUCGUGAUAAUGUGGGCCUCAUUGCUAGAUUUAAGUUUAGAUCACGUCCCUCCAAAAAGAGAGAGUUCCUAGUUGCAACAACUCACAUUUUAUUCAAUCCAAAAGCAGGGGAGGUUAAGCUUGCACAAAUGUGCUACCUGCUUGCUGAACUGUACAAGAUGGCCUCCACACACAGACGGGUUAAGACCGACGGCUUUCUUCCUUGUAUUCUUUGCGGCGACUUCAAUUCUCUACCUAAUUCUCAUUUUAUGAAAUUCCUAUUAGAAGGUAGACUAGACUAUACUGGCCUCUCUGCUUCAACCAUUGCUGGUUAUGUCAAAUUCUCCGGAACGAAACACAGGCACAUACCCACUCCCCUCCUUCAUGCAGGAAUGAGGAUUGGAGCAAACUGUCAGUACAUUGAAGAAGAAGAAACAGCUGAGAAUACAGCUAACCCACUUGAUACUGCACCAUUGAGAGUUACUGAAUCUCCUAGUGGUCUUUCUAUUACAAGGCAAAUCAGUUCUGCUACAUCAGUAUUUGCAAAUACCAGCACUCCUUCACUAUCUACAUGUAUGCCUAAUGCUAGACCUCCUGAUCAAAUCAGUAGUAAUCACUCAAAGUCUUAUCCUGCUUCAGUUGAGAAAUCACCUCAAGACAGAAAGCGUGUCAAUGCUUUGAUUCCUACAAAGACUCAUGAAGCUAGACCAGAGACCGAGCCUCCGUUGCAUAAAAGGUUCUGUCCCAGCUCUUAUGAUAAGCCAGAGUCAGUCCUUACCCAUCCUUUUAAAUUUAAAUCCUGUUAUCCUCUCCCAAUGGCUGGUAGCGUAUCACCCUCUGUCACUACUUAUCACACAGCUGCUGCGGAGACUGUGGAUUAUAUUUUGUGCUCAGUUAAAGAUGCCAGUAGCGGAUGGAAUUCAGGGUUUCACAUUGUUCGACGUGAGGCUCUACCCAGUUUCAGUACAUUAGAGAGACUGGGGCCUCAACCUAAUCAAGUCCUAUCCUCCGAUCAUUUAUAUCUAUGUACAGAAAUGCAAUUGAUUGAUUGAAUGAAAAUUUGAUUAUUUUAUUUCUUAAUAAAAUUAUUGUUAGUAUAAUUGU